AGAAAUAUGGAAUUAUAGAUUAUCUGUCAGUUGUUGGUUUUGUGUUCUAGUUGUAAGGAUAAUUCAAGUAAAAAUUCUUUUCCUAUUAUGAAAAAACAUUUUUGUGAUCGGUGUUAACGUACUAUAAGCUGAACUUGUAUUUUAAAUGCAUCUGUUUCUUUCACAAUUGAAAAGGGGUCUUUUUAAAACAGGUGUAAGAAAUAUUACCAAAAUGAAAUAUUUACCGCAAGACGUUGCAAUCAACAUAGAUGUUGAACUUUUUAACGAAUAUAAAUAUAGUGUGGAUCAGCUAAUGGAACUGGCAGGCUUAAGUUGUGCUACUGCUAUUGCAAAAACAUAUUCUCUUGAAAAAUUAAAUAAUCGGUCCGUUUUGGUUUGUUGUGGACCAGGUAAUAAUGGAGGUGACGGUUUAGUCUGUGCAAGGCACUUAAAACUUUUCGGCUACAAUUGUGAUGUAUUUUAUCCUAAAAGAACAGACAAACCACUUUACCAUAAUUUAACACAUCAGUGUGUAGCUUUUAAAAUAAAUUUUUUGGACAAACUGCCCUCCAAAACAGACGUCGAAAAUAGCUAUGGGUUAAUUGUGGAUGCAUUAUUUGGAUUCAGCUUUAAACCACCUAUUAGAGAUGACUUUGUACCUAUCAUUGAUCUUUUAAGAACUACAAUUACUCCUGUAGCAAGUAUUGAUAUUCCAAGUGGAUGGAAUGUAGAGGGGGAACCAAAAGAAGGAGGUAUAAGACCUGAAAUGCUAAUUUCCCUUACUGCUCCAAAAUUGUGUGCCAAAAACUUUUCUGGGAAGUAUCACUUUCUUGGAGGAAGAUUUAUACCUCCUGAACUUGAGAAAAAAUAUGGGUUAGACUUACCAAAGUAUCAGGGAACCGAAUGUGUGAUAUCAUUAAAAUAAAUUCUAUUAUGAUAUUGCUUUAGAUUACAAGAAUAUGAUAAACUAAAUGUUUUGCAAAUAAAAAUGUUAUUUUCAUUGCUACAGUUAAUAGCAAUUUGGAAAUAAAUGCUUUCGUAAGUA